UUCGUUUGAAUCGAACGCUCGAUACAACUGCACGUCGUUCUCCUGCGUUUUUAUAUUUGUGUGUUGCCGAUAACGUUAUUUUGUUGGAAACGUCGUGUUGUGUUUUUUUUCUUAAUAAAAAAGUUUUUUUGUGUGUUUUUUUUUGCUGGCGUUUCUGGCAAAUACAUAAAAAUUAAUAGAAAAAAGAAAAAUUUUUAAAACGUUUAAAAAGAAAAGUUAAAGAAAAAGAUUCAAAAACAAUUAAAUAACAAAACUUAAGAAGAAAAUAUAGAAAAUUUUUGACUCAAAACUAUUUGAUAAAGUGAAAAGUUUGAUUUUUAUAAAAAAAGUAAAAGAAACUACGCACUAACUUUAAAAAUUAUUUAAAUUUUUUGUAAAACUUAAGAAAUUUUUAAAAUUCUUAUAUGUGAAAAGAAAAAAACACUUGUGAAAGUUUAGUUUAGAGUGAAAGCUGUUAAAUUUAUUUGAAAUUUAUAAAUACCAUAUAAAAAAAUCUUGUCAUUUGCAUUGAACUUGUCAUUGGACAUUUGGUCACGUUAAUAGUUUGGGUUUUUUCACAUUUUCCAAACAUUCGCGUGGAUCGACGACCGAUUGAAUAUAAAAAAAGAAAUAAAGCAAAAAGAAAAAAGUGAGACGACGACCCAAACAUCAACAACAACAAGAAUCACACAACGUACAGGAACAAAAACACUCUAGCACACGUUAACAACAAAAAUAAGUAAAAAAAUAACAACAUCAACAACAAACUACAACGUUAACUUGGCUAAAAGUAAAAGAAAAACAACAAUAACAACCUAAUGUUUUGAAGCAUAAUAACAAAACACGCAAAACCACAAUAACGCCAAGAAACUCGAAAAAAAGAAAAAAACGCAGAAUAAAACUAAGAAACCUGGUCUCGUAAGCCUUUUUUUCUUACUUUCAAUAUACAACUUUGUUGUAUCUUCUACAACAUAAAGAAACGGGAGGGCAAUACAACAUAUAUUCCCUAACAAAAGUUUAAAAGUAACACACACACAAAAGGGAUAAAAAAAGCCAAGCCAACAAAAUUGUUUUGAAACAACAUCAUAAUCAUCUCAGAAACAUCAUUAUUAUUAUCAUCACAGCAACUACAUCAUCACCUUAACAUAUUGAAUGACUGCUUGUUCUUCUUCUUCGUCUCAAUAACUGUACGAGAGUGUGUGUUUGUUUAUAUGGUAAAAAAAGGCUGAAGAAAAAAAGUAAUAUUUUUUUUGAACAAAAAAGGAAUUAUAAUAAAUCUUGUGUGUGUGUGUGUGUGUAAUGUAAAGAAAAUAAGGUUUAGUUAAGGAUUUGCAAAAAGGAUAACAAGGACACAAGGUUAUUAAUUGCAGACAAGGAAAGCAGCAGAUUGUGAAGAGCAAAAAGAAUAAUUAAUUUAAGUUUUAAGAAGAAAAGUGAUAUAAAUUUUUUUUAAACAUUAGACCAAGAAAUUUUAUUAUUAACGAUAAGAAGAGUUUAUAUAAGUUUUAAUUUUUAGAUUUUUGUUUAAUUUCAUUGUGAUACUGUUUAACUUUUUUUAUAAAGUUUUUUUAAUGUUAUAAUUUAACUCAAUUCAAUUAUUUGUCUACACUCAAGUAAAUAUACCAAAAAGAAAAAAUAUUUAAAUUUAUAAAACAAAACUAAACUAUUUUGUAAAAGAAAAUAGUUUAAAAAGUAAUAAACCAAAUAUUGUUUAAAUUCUUAAAGUUAACUCUUAAAGAAUUGCUCAAAACAAACUCAAACAACUAAGUGAAACUAAUUUAUUUUAUAUUUAAUUAAACUCAUUCCAUUUUUGUCAUUAACAACAUGUUAAACUUAACCAACGUAUUGUGGUAUUUAAAACCAAAAUUCCAUUUUUUGUUUAUAAGCUGCCUUUUAUUGUUAAUCCAUCUAACACCCUCCACCUUGGCCUGUUCUAGUCGUUCUUUACCCAAGCCAAGGCCAAUUAAUGCACCCACUACUACCAGGGCUCCAACCACAACUACAGCACGUACUACCACCACCAGCACUACCACCACGACUACAACUACCACUCCUAGGCCUAAUAUAACCUUUCCCACUUUUAAAUGUCCAGCUAAUUAUGAUGCCUGGUAUUGUCUCAAUGAGGCCACUUGUUUUACGGUCAAAAUAGGCGAUUCCAUUAUGUAUAAUUGUGAGUGCGCCAUUGGUUUUAUGGGUCCACGUUGUGAAUACAAAGAACUCGAUGGUUCCUAUGAACCCAAACGUCCACGUCCCAUUUUGGAAAAGGCCAGCAUUGCCAGUGGUGCUACUUGUAUUUUAUUAUUCUUGCUAUUCGUCUGCUUAACGCUCUAUCUGCGUUAUGAUCAAAAAUCUGCCAAAAUUAUGUAUGAGGAAUAUGAUUAUACUUCUACUUUGGCCUACAACAAUUGUCGCUUUUGUUCGGAUAAACAUUGCUGUUCGGCCGAUGAUUCUAAUAAUGAUAUGAAAUUUUUAUUGAAUAACGAUAAGGAUGGUAAAGUUUCUUGGUUAAGGCAACAUAUUGAAGCAUUUCCUAUGGGCUUUUCGAGCAAACGUUUUAAUAAAUUGUAAAAUGGUGGAGAAAAGGAGGAGAAAAUUAUCUGAGAAAAAAUAAAAGGCAGUUUAUAAGAUUAGUAUUAAGCUAUUUUGUGGGGUACACUUCCUUUUUUGUGUGGUAUUUGCUAUAGUUUUAUAUUGUUAUUCAAGAAAUUUGAGAAUUUUCCAAAUAACUUUUAACUUAAGGUUUUUAUUUUAAAGUUGAAAUUGACAGUUUUCUUACCAAACGUAUUUUAAUCGGCAGAACAAUAACUUUCGGUUAAACGAUAACUGCAGGUGGAGUUAAUGCUAACUAAGUCAUAACAGUUUUCCAGAAAAUAAUUAUAACCAGAAACUUUUUACCAAAAAAAAAAAAAACAACAGAUUUUUUCGUAAACAUUAGAAUUUUUGACAGAAUUUUGAGAUUUUUAA